AUGUCAGAGCCAUCGAUCAAGUUAAGAACUGCUAAGGACUCAUUAGUAUCGUCGUUAUUUGAGUUGUCUAAGGCAGCUAAUCAGACAGCUUCAUGUAUUGUGGACUUUUAUCAUGUAAUUGGGGAGGAUGAGGAGGAAAAGAUAGAGGCUUUCACAAUGCUAACAGAGGCUUUACAGAGGUUGACAUCGGCAACAAAUCAAUUACACAGCGUUAGCAAUGAGCUGACGAAUCCUUUGGAUGACGAGAAGGAGGUAUUACCCUCCUCGCCUGUAAAACCGCCACCAAAGAAGAAGCAGGAACGUGAUCCCAACGCUCCAAAGAAGCCAUUAACUGUUUUCUUUGCUUACUCUGCGUACGUGCGUCAAGCUUUACGCGAAGAGAGACAGAGAGCAGGAUUACCGCCCUUGUCUUCUACUGAAAUCACUCAGGAGAUUUCCAAAAAAUGGAAGGAGCUAAGUGAUUCUGAGAAGGAUAAGUGGAAGCAGGCCUACACUACUGAACUAGGAAACUAUCAGAGGGAAAAGCAGAAGUACUUGGAAGCCAAGAAAAACGGAAUCAUUCCCGUUUACGACGGCCCAAUCUCAGCUCCUGUCCCCAUUCCAGAUUACUUGCAGACCGGUGUGGAUGCAUUUGAUUCAUUGAACGAGAAGAGAGCAUACGAUGAAGAUGGCUCUUCUUCUGACAAGAAGAAGAAGAAGAAGAAGAAGGACAAAAAGAAGGAAAAGAGCAGAAGUAGUGGUAACGACGCCUGA